AUGCGAGUAGUACCAGGACGGUGGUGGAUCCUGGUAUUGCUAGACUUCCUGAUGGAAACGCCGAACUCUUUCUCAUCUUGGAAGACUCUACCCGGAAUAAAUUCACCCAACGCGACGACGUAUCUGAGAUCGGAUGGCAUUCGACUGAUGGAGUUCCCCACUCACAGCAUUUCUAACGUCACACUCAACGCUUGUGCAAAAGCGUGCACCGAUGACGCUAACGUAAGCACUGACCAUAUGUGUUCAUCUUUCGAGUACGAUGCUCGUUCACGAGAAUGCUCGGUCCACGCCGAUGACGGGCAGCCGUUCGGACAGUCCGUGCUCGCCAAAACGAACAAAUCCGUUGCCUACUUCCAAAAAAUGUGUGUCAUAGGUGAGGCGCUUUGUUCAUCACCGUAUGCAUUCGAACGCUUUCCGCAGAGUAUCCUGAUCGGACAUGCAAUGAAGGUGCUAAACGUGACAGGACUGUCCGAGUGCCUAUCACAAUGUCUUGCAACAACGUCAUCACUAAACACAGAGUGCCGCUCGGUGAUGUACUUCUACGAGUACGGCGAAUGCAUCAUCAAUCGUGAACGACGUGUUGAUCGACCCGAUCUGUUCGUCGAAGAUGUGCGGAACCAACUAGUUGAUUACUUUGAAAACAACUGUCACGACGUGCAAUGCCUAUCUGGAGAACUUCACUGGGUUCGCACUGAUGAGUACUUCGUCAGCCAUGAGAAGGACGUGGUUAUCGAAAGCGAAUGUCAUCGUUCUUUUCAGGCAAACUUCAUCGGAUCGGAGAAAUUUCCAUGUAAAGCGUUCGUCUACAGCGCUGCCAGACAGGAAUGCACAUAUGAAAAAGCUGAAAAUUAUGCUGAUAUACUUUGUACUGUUGUUGAGCAAAAACAAUGUGUUACUCCAAACUUUAUUGACGGAAAAACGGACGUUUCCACGGAUUUCUCCUUCGUCAGAGCCUCGAACGGUCAAGUUGACUGCAUUCUACGUCACACACCACCAUAUUCAAAAAGAGAAGUAACAAAGCGAAGAUUUCAACCGCACUGA